CCUCGGUCCUUGGUCUUCGGCAUAGCAAUCAUCUUUCGUAUUGUGCCCCCUUCUCUUUCUCUCCCGUGCCCCUUUCUCCGCUUCAUUCAUAUCAGGAUACCAGAUGCCGUCAAAUACAUCAAAAAAGGCGCCGCUUGCCGACAUCACCCAUCGUCCGCUGACAGGACGACGGUCCAACAACGCAUCCGCACCACUUACGGCCCAACUCGGAUGCUCUGUUAAUGCAGGAGAGGAAAACAACCCAGCAAAGGGCCUCCUGGAGAUCUUUGCCGCAGCCCAGGCUAGUUCUAUUGGCCGAAAGAGAUCUCUGAAACUCACCACCGACGACAGUGAGAGCCAACCACCUACUUCCGCUCUCAUUCCUAUUACAGCAACCACAAAAGCGACAGUGCGUUUGACAGCAUCAACAACUACUGCAGCAAUAGCUUCAGAAGGCACAACAGCAUCUUCAGCCGUUAUCCCAACAAAGUCGAUAUUCCCUCUUUCAUACAACUCAACGCAGCCACUCAACCUCAUUUCCACGCUCUCCCGAUGGCAGACUUUUGGAAGAGUGAGAAACAGACCAUUCUAUGUGUCGACACGAUUCUGCAUGCUGGAGUAUAUCAGUCGGCCGAACGAUGUGUACACAUUCAUCUCUCAGGACGGAGCAACCCUUGUGCCGCCAUUUUCGUGUUCUUACAACAACGUUGUGAAUGAUGCUCGAAAUCUUGCAAUUGGAGAUGAGGAUGGCACAAUACAUAUUGUCGAUACCAAAAGAGACGGCGCGCAUCCAGAGCAUACAGUGCAAAUUCAGGCUCAUCAGAACGCCAUUUUCGAUCUACGAUGGACAAGCGAUGACACAAAGAUAAUUUCAGUCUCGGGGGACCAGACAGCCAGGUUACAUGACGUGGAGAGAAAGACAUGUCUGAGCACUUUCCAGGGUCAUCAUGGAAGCAUCAAGAGCGUCUCAAUGAAACACGGCGAUGACAAUAUUUUUGCAACUGCCGCAAGAGACGGCGCCGUUAUGAUCUGGGACGUGCGAUGUUCCAGCACAACAUCGACUCAGGGAGAAACGGUCUACAGACCAGCGAACAGGCUGCUCAACGCUCAUGCAAGCACGACGAGGGCUGCCCCAUCAAAGAAAACAAAGCGUGACUCCGAUGGCCCCAACUCUGCGUCUGCGGUGCAGUACAUGAGGCACAACGAGAAUAUUAUUGCAUCGACAGGGGCAUUGGAUGGCUCUGUGAAGUAUUGGGACGUCAGGAAACAUGGUACCUACUUUAAGCAUUGCUUCCCAACACCGCUGGAAACAUCCACCUACAUGCCGACAACCAAGCGUGCUCAUGGAAUGACGUCAAUGGCACUCUCACCUGACGGCAGCGCCUUGUAUGCUGUUAGCUCUGACAAUCAUAUUUAUAUGUUUAAUGCAACUGCACUUGGCAGACCAGUCGAGUCAUUCGGAGACAGCAACUUUGCGUGUUCGAGUUAUUACAUCAAAAUCAGUGUCUCACCCGAUGGCAACUAUGUUGCUGCCGGAUCUUGCAAAGAUCUCUUUAUGUGGGAGGUCAACCGGCCACGCGAGAAGCCGCUUGUUUUCCAUGGCCAUGAGAGGGAAGUAACUGGUGUGGAUUGGGCCAAGGACCUCGGCAAUGGCACACAGGUAGCGUUUGAUAUCCACAUUUACAGUGCUUAUUUCGCUUAUUGUAUUAUUGUAUUACAUGAAUAUUGGAGUGCUAAUCUAUGAUUUGCACUAUCGUUUUGUAUCAAUGAAUUAGUUGAGUGGUUGCUCGGACGAUGCUACAGUCAGAACUUGGAAACCAAACAGAGAUCUUGUCGAAGAAUGCCGAGAGAUUGAGCGUCUUCGGAACACACACGGCAUGG